CGCCACCAUUUUCCGUUUUGUUAUUCGUCUCAGCUGCCAUACGUUCCUUAUCUCUCACUGCCUCCUCUGUAGAACUCAACUGAGAAGAGUGUUAGCAACAUGAACACCCUGAUCCCAACGUCUUUCGGCAACACCCAGAUUUCAAGGUUCCAUUUCACUAUUCCUAUCCUAAGAAACGGCUUGUCCCAUGCUUACUGUCGCACCAAGAGCUUCAAACUAAAUGCCAGUCACAGUGACAUAGAUACGCAGACGGUAGAGGAUCCCAAGGAAGAAACACGAGUAGACUCCAAUGAAGCAAGCAAAGCCUCCACUCCAUCCGCCGCCGCUGUCGAAAAAGACCUCAAAAAGGUGGUUCAGAAAACUGCCGCAACCUUUGCACCAAGGGCUUCCACAGCUACCAAAAACCCUGCUGUUCCUGGAACUGCCUUGUAUACAGUUUUUGAGGUUCAAGGCUAUGUCUCAAUGUUGUUGGGUGGAGCUCUGUCUUUUAAUCUCAUUUUCCCAUCAAACGAACCGGACAUAUGGAGAUUAAUGGGAAUGUGGUCCAUUUGGAUGUUCACAAUUCCUUCACUCCGGGCUCGGGACUGCUCGAAGAAUGAGAAAGAAGCUCUUAACUAUCUCUUUCUCGUCAUUCCACUGCUCAAUGUUAUAAUCCCAUUCUUUUGGAAGUCCUUUGCAGUUGUCUGGUCUGCAGAUAUAAUAGCCUUCUUUGGAAUGUAUGCAUGGAAGUUUGGGUGGCUGCAGAGAACAGACUAGGAGUUCAAUGUGGCGGCAGCUGUCUUCAUUUGGAUGGAUAAUCUCAUGACCUUCACUUGAUAUACUCAAAUUUAUAGCUCGUGAUGCAUGUCUGACCAGAAGGUUCUCAAGGUCCCAUUGUUGACCAACUUACUACCAUGAUGAUGAUGAUUUGUGAAUCAACUUAGCACCAGGGCUUCCCUUACCUUACCCGGGCAAUACAGAGAUACAUUCCUUUCCUUCUAAAUACGUAUUGAUAAAUAAAUACCAACUGCUUUGAAGUUUGGUGCCUGGAAAAUAUUUUCAUGUUUCUCUUUUUGUUUCACCUUCCUGUUGCCAUCUUUGGGAUGCAUAACAUGUAUAUAGUUCACUGUUCGUUUGGAUAUAAUUCAUUAAAAAAUUGUAUCUGGGUGAGUCCUGAAUUAUUGUUUGUUUGCUUUCCAUGUGUAUGCCGUAAAAGAGCAGUUAUGUUA